AAGGUAUCUGUUACAAGAAUAACUAUACUGCUGCCUUUAAGAGGUCAUAUAGUUUUCUCCGCCUCGGACCCUGCUAAAACAGUGUUCAUGCCAUUUACGAAUAGCCUGCGUUUCAUCUCUCCACUAAUUUCUCCGUCUUUCUACUCUCUACGACGUGUCGUGUUUGCCAGUGCAGAGGCUUCUCUUCUGUCUAUAACUGCAGCAAUGGAUAGUAAUCCCUCCAGCAAGCUGGUGCUAUGUGGAAAAUCAUCGGCUGAAAAUGAAAUGGCUAAGUCAUUGAAGGCUAAUAACACUCUUAAACUCCCUAAUAAUGGUGAAGCUUCAAUAAUAUUGCAAUCAGAAAUUGUUGAAUCUGUUGACGAAGAGUCUUUCAAUGUUGAACUGUACAUGAAUUCUCUUUCCACCAAUCAAUUCGGUCGAUUCCUUAUUUGGUCUCCUCGGUUGUCUUCUACGCACGACGUUGUUUCUCACAACUUCUGUGAGCUUCCAGUUGGUUCGGUUUGUGUUGCUGAUGUUCAGUUUAAAGGACGAGGUCGAUCAAAGAAUGCAUGGAAGUCUCCGAAGGGUUGCCUUAUGUUUUCUUUUAUUUUACAAAUUGAGGAUGGAAGAAUUGUGCCUUUGUUACAGUACGUGGUGUCACUUGCUCUAACAGAGGCCAUAAAAGAUAUUUGUAACAGACAUGGAUUACCAUACAUUGACAUCAAAAUAAAAUGGCCAAAUGAUCUGUAUUUGAAUGGGUUAAAAGUUGGAGGCGUCUUGUGCACAUCAACAUAUAAAUUGAAGAAAUUCAAUAUCAGUGCUGGUGUCGGCUUGAAUGUUAGUAACGAAGAGCCAACAACAUGCUUGAAUGCAGUUCUAAGAAAGUUGUCUAAUUCUGCCUACCAGUACCAGAGGGAAGAUAUUCUUUCAGCUUUUUUUCAAAACUUUGAGACGUUUUAUGAUCAUUUCGUAAAUCAAGGAUUUCAAACUCUUGAGGAUCUAUAUUAUCAGACUUGGCUACACAGUGGGCAAAGAGUUGUUGUGCAGGAUAAGAAUGAGGAUAAAGUAGUUGAGAGUGUUGUGACUAUUCAGGGAUUGACAUCAUCAGGAUAUUUGUUAGCAAUUGGUGACGACAAUCAAAUGUGUGAGCUUCAUCCUGAUGGCAAUAGAUAAUGCAACAUUAACUUGAAUAAUAGUUCAGAGCAAGUUUUCAUGACAUUUUUUCUCCUUUUGGCCACAGUUUUGACUUCUUCAAAGGACUUAUCAGAAGAAAACUUCAAUAAAGGAGAUUCCAGAGCAUCCUUCCACUGGAGGAAACUGUCACGCUGCAUCAUGUGCAGAACUGAAGAUGUUUUCUUGUUUUUAUGUUUGUCCCAUUGCCCCAAUACUUACUCUAUUUUCACAAUUAUUGAUGUUUUGCCUUCUGCUUAUAGUCUUGAAAUAAGAACUUGUUCAAAAUUUGUACAAUUGUUUAUUUAAUUAGUUCAAAUUUAAUAAAUGAGACUCCUGUUCAA